AUGGCCGGUCUGGUCUUCAAGAGAGAGAAGUUCUAUUUGAAGUUCGCAAUUAAACACCACGUUGGAAACGUCAACGACGUCGCCGUGACGAACCGCUACGUGGCCUCCUGCGGGGCGGAUGAGCGCGUGUUUCUCUUCACCAACAAAGCCGAACAGAAGCUGACCGCAGCGCAGCGGGCAAAACUGCAAGCCGCUGGCGAGACGAUGGCGGUGCGGCUGGCAGACCUUGGCAGCCUGACCCCUCCAUGCGAGGUGCUGUGCUUGUGCUUCACCACCGGCUCGCAGUUUUUGCUCUGCGGCUGCGCGGAUGGCCGCCUCCUCGUCUACCGCACGCGUGACUGGAUGUUGAACAACAGUCUUGACGUUCAUGAGAAGGGCCUUGUCAGCCUUGCUGUCCACGCACAGAGCGGCGGCGCGCUUGUCAUCAGCGUCGGCGCCGACCGCAGCGUCGCGGUGCUGGACCUCGCGGAGGAGAAGAUCAUCACCAAGUGGAAGUACACGCCCGUGAUUGCUGACGCAGACGCGGAAGAGAAAGACAGACGCAGAGGGGACAAAACCCGCCCCAGCCCAACGAGGAGAUCCACUCGAUCCUGUUCCUCGACGAGGACACUGUGCUCGUCGGCAACGAGUCCGCGGCGAUCCUUCUACGCCCGUCUCGACCAGGACGGUGGCGCGGUGGAGCUGCUGCCCGUCUCCAUGCUCUAUCCGGAGGCUGUCAAGACGGAAGCGGAAGCUCUUCUUGCUACGCCCAUUCACACAGAUGCCGAGGUCCGCAAGAAGAACCCGUUGCGCCACGUUAGCCGCGUGAAGGCUCUCCGCAACGUUGGCAAGACCCUAUUUUCCCUCGACUCGAAUGGCAUCAUCAUUUCGUGGACGUUGCAGAAGGACGCCAACGAUGGGGCGUGCAGCUGCGCUAUGUCACCAGCGCCAACUGCCAAGGACGAGCCACCUCUCUGGAUGUGCUGCCUCUGUAAAGAAAGAGAGGGAGGAAGAAGGAGAAAUGCUGCGAACUCGUCUUUGAUGACUAUUUGA